AUAAUAAAUAACAUUUCAAAGAUGCCAAUAAAACUACCUAAAAGUUGUUGUAGUUUUUGCAUAAUUCCCAGGAUUGAACUCGUAAUUUGGGCAUGUAUCAGUUUGAUUAUCAGCACGGUGGUAUUGUUUUACCUGAUUUUUGGGGUGAUGUUCGCGGAUGCAAUGAGAGGAGGCGGCCAUCGCUACGCCCCCGAGGAUUUGAUAAUAUUGAUGAUAUCAUUGGUGUUAAUUGCUGACGUCGUGCACAACGUACUCAUCAUAGGGUCUUCUCUUAGGAGAGAUGCGAAGCUUCUCAACAUUUCCUAUUACCUCGGUGCCGUGGUGUGGUUCGUUCUAACAGUACUGCUAAUUUUGGGUUUCGCAACUGCGAUAGCGAUCGGACCAUCAGAUGCUUCGGCGCUAUUUUAUAGAUAUUCGGCAAUAUUUGUCUUACUGAUAAUUAUGCGAGGAUACAUGCUCCUGAUAACGCGCGGAGUAAGGUUGGAGCUACAAGAACAUGGAUACAAUGACUUGGAUAGGACCAUGGAAACGGGGAGGGACCAGGAACCCCCAGUUCAACGCGUCUAUUAA